CACCACGCCACCUGCAAGUUGUGGCGCUGGCCGCCGCGCUGCUUUGACUCUGCCGCUGUGUUCUGUACUACUACUAGCACCAUUGUCUAUCACUCUCUUCCCACAUCGCUCCCGCAUCGCAAAGAAUGGCAUCACAAACCAAAGCCAGCAGCAGCACGCUACAUAAAGUGGCGGAGGCAGCUGAAGACUUCGUCGAGAAGAUGACAGACACGGAGACACCGGCGGACGAGGAACAGGAGGGCAGCAAGCUCUCAAUGGACGAGCGGAAAGCGAAGCUUGAGCAGCUACGCAAGAAGAUGCAUACAGCCGCCAUGGCGAACCGCGCAUCCGUAGUGGAAGAGAGCGCAAGGGCGAAGACCACGGCACGCGACGCUGUACGGCUCGAACGACAGCGCAAGCUCGCCGAGACGCUGCGCCUCAAGGCGGACGCGGAGGAGCGCGGCGAGGACGUCGAGCGGUCCAAGAACUGGGAGUGGACCAUUGAGGAGAACGACGAGUGGGAGAAGAAGCAGGCGCGCAAGACGCGGAGGGCAGACUUCGAGUUCCACAACGACGCGGAUGCCGCGCGGAAGCGGUAUAAGAAGGACCUGGACCAUAUCAAGCCUGACCUUGCUGCGUACAACAAGCAGAAGGAACUUGCGUUGGGUCUGGCGCCGGGAACGCUGGCUAAGGCGGGAGGUAGCUCUUCUGCGCUGACACAGUUCGACCCGAGACAAGGGUCGUCUUUGCAGGUCGCACCUACCAGCGAGCAGCAGCGGAUUGCUGCUGAGAACCUCUAUCGCGACGCGAACAGCUUGCUCUACGCGGACAACAAGCCGAGCGAGGAAGCUAUUGAUAGGGUGGUUUCCAAGAUCAACAAAGAUAUUGACAAGAAGAGCAAGUUUUCGCGGAAGCGGAACAACGAGGACGAGGGCGACAUUACCUACAUCAACGAGCGGAACCGUGUGUUCAACAAGAAGAUUGCACGGUACUACGACAAGUACACAGCGGAGAUUCGCGCGAGUUUCGAGCGUGGAACUGCACUCUGAUACGUCCUCUGCUUCACUCGUCCGAUGCUCUGUAUUGUAUUCUCCAACUGUAAUAUUACACGACGGACAGCUAUCGUAUAUACAUAGACAUGCCCAUAUGGAGCGGACAAUGGUGAUGGUGAACCAAGGGCCGAUUAAUGACGACCUCGUAGUGACUUA